AUGGACGAACUGAAAGCUUUCCUCCGGUGCUCACUUUGCUCGGAGGGAACAGGAAAGGCAAAAUGGACACAUGAAUUCCAUAUUGUCUUUAUGGAGAACGACCAUGUGAAUAUUGGCAAAAUUCUCUGCCACAAUAGAGUCUUGACGUCGAUUUGCUUGAAUAUAGUUGAGAAACUCAUUGAAUCGCCCUCUAGCCCUACAUGCGUUCGUGUAGUCGGGCAAAACUCGCAAUAUGCUUCAAUGGAAGCAUUCCUACUACAUACGAGCUGCGUUGACCUACUGAGAUUGUUUUCUGGAGAAAUUUUAGUGACAAAAUUGUUUUGGCUUUGUCAGAUUCUUGAGCCUAGUCGAGGAAAAGGAUUUGGUUUCACUGAACCACCUGUAGCUCUAGAUUAUCUGAAUCCUGUUCAUUCUCUUAUUCCUUGCCCCAGGCUCUAUCAAAACCCCCCAAAAAAGCCCAUGCCGAAAGGAAUGAUCCCCCUGCCAGUCGAAAUUCUAAUGAUGAUUCUUGAUCUUGUUUCAUCAGAAACACUGGUCAAUAUAUUCUGCUCAAGCUCUGAUAUGAUGACGUUGGCACUCUUAUAUUGCAAAUGUCAUCCCUAUCACUUCUACCCUUUCAUUGGGCCAUUAAGCUCACAAGAAGAUGUUAGCAAUGUUGUACAUGCAAUCUUUUAUGGGUUUUCAGAACAGAAAUAUCUUGCUCUUGAUUUCAGAUGGAGGUUACUUCGGAUAAUGAAACUCCACGCCUACAACAUUGCUAACAUAUCUAGCAGCUACACACCACAUCAUAGCACAGAACUUCAACUAUCCCCACUUAUUUCCCUCAGACUCUACCAGACUUUUCAAGUCUCCAUACCAAAAUAUGUUACCACCUUGGAAGUCUUUACAAUACCUGUCAACUCUCAGCAUUAUGUUUGUGGUAUCGGAUGGAUGAUUGAUUCCCAAUUAGUCCUUCAUGGCAGAUAUUCAAACAAACAAAGUCACCUGAGUUACCAUUCUGGCAACACGCUUUACUUCAUUGAAAACCCCCUAGGAAUAAAAGCGGUCAAGUUUGGAAACACAAUGUGGGUUGAUAGAACUUCCGAAUUAAAAUCAGAGUGGGAAGGAUGCAGUUUGGCAGAUGGAAGUUCAGAGCUGCUUAUUACUGCUGAUUGUCUUAAGUUUCGCUCCAUACGAUGGUUAAAAAGUGCCGUUUCCUUUGAGGAAACACUGGAUUAUGAAUCUGAAGCGACACUCAUCCAACAGUUUGGUAAUUUUGCAACUGAAUCUGUGAUUUUCAAACCAGAUCUGCGCGGAAUAACCAUGUAUUAUGACUGUGUUUUGUCAGGAAUUGUUGGUAUCUGUCUACAUUCUACAACAGAAACUGAUUGUAUUGGGUAUGACACUGGCCUUGCUAAGUUCUUUCCGAUUCAUGGCCCAAACGAAUUCAUUACGGAUAUUCAAAUUCGAUUUUGUUCGUCACUACUAAAAACCCUUACUAUUGGAGUACGAACCAAUUGGAAUCGAUAUUGCUUCUUUGGCUCUUCUCCAUCACCACAUCUGGAAUACGAGACUCGCAUUUUCCGAGCCCCAAACAUGCAUUUUAUAUGCGGAGUUUAUUUCCGUGUAGAGAGACACAGUUAUAUCCGCUCUCUUGGCGUUAUAAUUUCUCCGGGAUAUCAUCGGCCUUCUUUUCCUGAAAACCCGACAAUUUUACCAGCUUCUAUACUGACACCAAACUGUGAGCAUGCCUUUUCUCUGGAAUCCAGUGCACCACUCCACGGUAUUCGACGAAUACUAUGGUAUAACGACGGAGCCUACUAUACUGGAUUAAGGUUUGUCUAUCAUUCCGGGAUUUCUGAAGUGGUAGGCAGAAUCAGGAAUAACCAUAUGCACGAAGUUGUGUUGUCAGAGCAGGAUAUUAUUCACCAAGUCCGAGUGGUCUCUCAUAACCAAAAAAUUAACAAAAUUGAGUUUGAUUGUGAAGAGGUUGCUUGUCAGAAUGGCACUCAAUAUGUAGUAGGCAAUUCAACGGCACGUUUCCUCCCCACACGAAUCUGUUUACUAGAGAUCAUACUAAUGAGAUUUUUAGAUGAUCAUUUGGCGUUACUCAAGUUCUAG